AUGGCGAAUGACGAGUACGACGUAUUUGUCCUGAUUGGAGACUCCGGAGUUGGUAAAUCCAAUCUCUUGAGUCGAUUCACCCGCAACGAGUUCAAUCUUGAUUCCAAGUCAACCAUCGGCGUAGAGUUCGCAACCCGAUCGAUCCAGGUAGAUGCGAAGACGAUCAAGGCACAGAUCUGGGACACCGCUGGGCAAGAAAGAUACCGCGCCAUUACAUCAGCAUACUACCGCGGAGCGGUCGGCGCCCUGCUCGUCUACGACAUCAGCAAGCACCAAACGUACGAGAAUGUAACCCGGUGGUUGAAGGAGCUGCGGGACCACGCGGACUCGAAUAUCGUCAUCAUGCUGGUGGGAAACAAGAGCGAUUUGAGGCAUCUGAGGGCUGUGCCAACAGAGGAGGCCAAGCAGUUCGCAAGCGAGAACAACCUUUCCUUUAUUGAAACUUCCGCACUCGAUGCCAGUAACGUCGAGCUUGCCUUCCAAAACAUCCUCACAGAAAUCUACCGAAUUGUCUCCCAAAAAGCUCUUGAUAACGGCGACUCAGCACAAGCCAAUAUCGGUGCCGGCACGAACAUCUCUCUCAGCAAGCCCGCGGACGACGGCGCAGCCAAAGGCGGCAAAUGCUGCUAA